UUCGGAUAAACAAAAUAUUGCGUCACUGUUAUUGUGCUAGUUGAGGAUCUAGCUGGGUGGGUGACAUUUCGCCACCAUUUCACCUACAUUCAAGGCCUUUAAAAUUGUGUUUCGAUUAACAUUCGCUACACAACAGCGCAAAUGUCGCUUCAAAAGGACACUUCAUCUGACGAGAGUUUGCAAGGUUCCUGGGUAGAGCUGCAUUUCAGCGGGUCUGGCUCCCAAGGUGCCAGUCAUCGAGGAAGCCAGGAACAAAUCCCCACGUCCAGCCAGGAGGGGGACGUGGAGAAAAUGCUCCUUGAAGCACAACACGAGUCAGGCAGGAGCAGCUCCAAAGGAAGCUCCCAGUGCAACAGCCCACUCAGAUCACAGACUCCCCUUCUUCUGUGGAGAGGCUCAGAGGGAAACAGCUCUCAGUCAGAUGAAGACUUCCAAGAAAGGAGACGUGAAGUAGAGAAUCUGAUUAAUAAAAAUGCUGACUGGAUAUGGGACUGGUCUAGUCGGCCUGAGAACAGUCCACCAAAGGAGUUCCUGCUGAAGUACCCCAAGCGCUCGACCUCGCUCAGCAUAAGGAACACCAGUGUCAUGAAGAAGGGCGGCAUUCUCUCAGCUGACUUUCUGAAGAUAUUCCUUCCCUCGUUAAUCAUUUCUCACAUUCUUGCUGUUGGCUUGGGGAUAUUUAUUGGGAAGCGCCUAACUUCCCGUAACACCUACUGAGCGAGGUGCCGGUACGUUUUGGGACACCGCAUUACAACCAGUUCGACAUGCCUUAAAAUGGGACCUUGUGAAGAUUAAGGGAGAUGUUGCCAUGUGACCUGUGAUUCUGACCUAUUGGCCCACACCAGCAUGAAGAGCUGAGGAUCUCUCAUUGCUGUGUUGUUGAAUGCAACAGCAACUAAUCUGCCGCUCCAUGCUGUAUUCCUUGUUAACGGAGAUGAUUGCUUUGCUGCUCACCGCUCCUUAAAUCUGCAUGUUAGGGAACCAAAACGUAUUAUAAUAUAUAUAUAUAUAUAUAUAUAUAUAUAUAUAUAUAUAUAAUGUAAAUUACUUUUUUGGAUUGAAUUAAAAUCAGAUUUGAUUUA